UUGACAACUGAAACCAGAUGAGUACUGUCGCUGUUUAAUAAUUUAAUUUACAAUUAGAGAAAGCGUAUCAGUGGUUAGUUUAUAAAAAAAGUGAUUUAAAUUAUGUGAUUUGAUAAAAAUGUGUUUAGCGAAAUGUAUGGAAUGUUUAUCUAGAUGGAGGUUAUGGAUUAGACCAUUAUUUAUUUUUCUAUAUGCUCUAGCUGCUUUAGUAUUUGUACCUUUAUUUCUCGUAAAAUCUUUGGAAGACGGUUUUAAUAAACACGACCAGGAAAUUUUAAUAGGUGGAAUUUUUGUUUGGGUUGCCAUUCCUUUGUCAUUAUGGGAGAUAAUAUUACAUGUUAUCCAUUACACCCAACCAAAGUUGCAGAAACAUAUUAUACGGAUACUAUGGAUGGUGCCAAUUUAUGCAAUAAAUGCAUGGGUUGGUCUGAUAUAUCCGAAAGAAUCUGUUUAUGUGGAUAGCUUGAGAGAAUGCUAUGAAGCUUAUGUUAUAUACAAUUUUAUGAAAUUUCUUUUAAACUAUCUGAACAUGGAAAUGGAUCUUGAAGCAAGUUUAGAACUGAAACCACAAGUGAAACAUAUAUUUCCGCUGUGUUGUCUACCAGAUUGGGAAAUGGGCAGGGAAUUUGUACACAUUUGUAAACAUGGAAUAUUGCAGUAUACUGUAGUGAGACCCUUAACGACAGCCAUUUCGUUCCUUUGCAAAGUAUUUGAUGUGUAUGGCGAAGGACAGUUUAAAGCAAAUGUCGCAUUUCCCUAUCUGGUGGCUGUCAAUAAUGUAUCGCAAUUUGUUGCCAUGUACUGCUUGGUCAUGUUCUAUAAAGCGAGCCUUGCGGAAUUAAGGCCUAUGAAGCCUCUACCAAAGUUCCUGUGCAUCAAAGCCGUGGUGUUCUUCUCUUUUUUCCAAGGAGUCCUAAUCGAUUUAUUGGUCUACUUAAAUAUAAUAGUGCCAGGCCCCAAUAGCCCCGAUGACGGUCUGAGCUUAUCCACUAGAUUGCAGGAUUUUCUAAUAUGCAUCGAAAUGUGUUUGGCCGCCAUAGCCCACCACUACAGUUUUUCGUACGAGCCGUACGUGAGACCCGGUUUGCAGAACCAGUCUUGUUGUGCGGCAUUUUUAGCGAUGUGGGACAUAUCUGACGUCCACACGGAUAUUCGCGAACAUUUGGGCAUAGUCAGUAGCUCUAUCAGCAGAAGAAUAAGGGGAAGGAGCAUGUACAGCAUUCCAAGAGGAGACGACGAGUAUUCAAGUUUAGUAUCUCCGAGGGGGGCACACAGCGCGCCCAAUCCGGGCUUUUACCAAAACGAUUCUGACGAAUUAGUCGUUAAUUAUGGCACCGUAAAUUCUAGUCAACCGGCAAAAGUACAUAAGGCUGGUUAUAAGAUAUGAGAUUAUAUUUUAUAUUUUUAUGCGGACGUCAGGGGAAGAGGUCUCGAUUUAAUACAUUUUUUUAAGUUGCCUUGUGGAGAAAACGCUUUUAUUCCAAAAUUUGGUGCUCUUUGAUACCUGAUUAUGUUAGGAGGAUAACAAUUUGCAACAAAAACACUGUUUUAAAACAGCGAUCAUAAAGCAUCUCGGUUUCUUUUCAGAUAGACAUUAAUUGAUGAUCGAGAGUUUUAAAAAUAAGUGCUAUUAAAUUUUGCACAUAUCUUUAAGCAGAGGUUUAUAUAUGACUAUAUUUUUUAUUUUUUAUAUAUUCUUGAAUGUAUUGUGUUUUUCUUGUAAUACAUACUUAUUAUUGUUGAGCCGUGAAUUGAAAUAAGUACAAAUUGAUUUGACCAAGUACUAGUCUGUAGAUGUAGAUUUAUAUUGUUUUAAUAAAUAUUUCAAUUUUA